AAACAAACAUUAAAGUCAACCAAAAAAGCGAAUCAGAGAGAUUGUCUUUUGUCGUUGGUUCUGUUUUACGGAUGAAAACCACCUUUGAAGCCCAUAAAAACGACGAAUCUGUGCUCUUUAGCGUGUAAAGUCACCCUUGAGAGUGUAUUAGGCCAUUGUCACGCUCUGUUUGCUCCAAAUCACAAAAUGAACUCUACUGCUGUAGAAUGCAAUUCAACAAAGGCAGUGGAAAAUACCAAAGAGAACAAUAAUACAAAAGAGCAAGAUGGUCCAUCUCGUGUUCGCAAGGCAAAAAAGCCUGAAAUACAAAUUUAUCGGCCAGGAGCCCUUAGACAGAAGCGCUCGAACCAGGUGGGGGAUCAAGGAGGGAAAGAGGCAAAUGAAGGUAAGGUACCUGAGAGUAAAUCUGACAGCAAGGAUGAUACAGUCAGAGUGGAAUCUGGUUCCAGGGCUUCCAGGAAAGGAAGGCAAGGAAAAGGUGGGGAUAAUACAAGUGGAAAUGUACCUGAAACUAAGCAGAAUGCUAGCGAGAUGGGAAAGAACAGUUCGAGGAAGAGUAGCAUAGAAUAUGUGCAGAGCACACACCUCCAUGAUAAAACCAACAGAGGAGACUCCACCCAUCAGGAUGGCAAACCAGGGCGAGGACAGCUCGGGCGAGAUGGGAAACGAGCUCAGAGGAAUAAUAAAUUAACUGAAAAUACUGGAAAGGUUGAAAUUUUGGAAAAAGACAACAAGGAACAAAACCUUAACCAUGUUAUCACAGAGAGCACCCCAGACCUGAAGGGGAAGCGUCACAGUAGCAACAGGGACAACAGAGGCCGCAGUGACCAGUCAAGGAAAAAGAGAGAAGAAGUUGGUCACCAGAAACUUGAUACCAUAGAUGCAAACUGUGAUGAAAAAAGGCUGCCAAAGAAAGAAGCAGGACACCAGAAUGCAAGGAUGGGGUCAGAGAAGGAAAAGGGCACAGGGAGUAAUGCUGGCUUGGAAUACCAGGUGAAGCAGAAAGAAGAGAAGUCUCAAGAAAAAGUUUCUAGUCACAGGGAAGAGAAGAAAGUUCCCUCUGGGGCAAAUAUACAAAAUGAAAAGGUCAGGAGAGAUGGUGCAUUGAAAAACGAAAGAAUUGGAGAAAAGGAUGAUUUGUGCCUAAAUAAGGGAGCAAGUGGAGCGAGAGUGCAGUUGGGAAGAGCACCUGAAAAAAAAUCUGAUUAUUCGAGGCAGGUGGAUGCCAAACACAGAGGGACUUUUGUGGAGUACCCAGAAAAUGCUAACGAAAAAGGGUCUUGGAAAUCAAAAGAACAUGUAAGAUCUGCUUCCAUCAAGCAAAGAAGGAGAGAAAAGAACUUUGAGAAUGCAAAGAAGUCAGGAAGAGGAAGAGACAGGGAAGGGAAUGAUGGUUAUGAGAAAGUUUCCCAGAAGUUCCAUGAUAAACUUGACUUAGAGUUUGAAAGUUUCAUGGGAUAUGAAGAUAAUGGUGAUGACAGCAAUCAAAUAUCAGUUCAGGCUUUAGCUAACAAAGUCGAUGAGUUGGCCUUAAAAAGUGUUGGCAAGGGACAAGAUCAAAUUGAGAAAACUGGGAAAGCAAAGAGCUAUGCAAGUGCAAGAGAGAACAGAAAGAAUCGCAUGGGUGGAAAACCCUCGGCUCAAGGCAGGCAGGUGGCAAGUCAUGGAGAUCUCAAGAUAGAAGUCACUGUUAAUAAGAAUAGCCAAGAAAGAACGGCGUACAUCAGACAGGAAAGUGACUUUAAGCGAAAUGAGAAGGGAAACAAGUAUCAUUUGGCUCAAGAACUCAAAGGAGAUGACACGGCCUUUUUGCAAGACUCUGAUUUCACAGCAAAGUCUGGCUGGUAUGGGAAGAGUGUAGGUAGUGCUCAUACUGACAAGUUUGAAAAAGAAGAUGCAGAUCCCAUGAUAUUUGUUGAUGUACCUGAGGAUGAUUGGGGAACUGAGGUGGAUAAUGAUACAGUGUGGUGUAAUCAGCAAGGAGACGAAUCACCCGCCACAUGGACUGAGAAGCCAGAUUGGAAGUCCAAGCGAGAGAGUCAAAGGUCAGAGGGGGAGGAUCCCCAUAGGAGAACCGAAAGCCCUGGGCGCAGGGGACUCAUACAGCUGCCAUCCCAUAAUUCAAACAAUGAUGGACAGGAAGUGGUCUCCUCCUCUUCUCACCAUCUUAGGUCAUCAACACCUGUAGUGCAGAAACAUUUAUACAACCCAAAUAAUCCUAGCAAACCUGUACCUGUUGUACCUAGUGCUCGUGACAUGCCUCCGUCCCGUGAAGUGCAACGUGAGGUGGCAAAGGGUGCAGGGGACAACGCGCAUGGGUCUGUCCCUGCACAUAACAACCAGCUAAGUGAAUAUGUGAUCGAGGGCCAAAGUCCAAAAGUGGACCCAUCACUUCUGUACAACAUCCAGAAAGGAGAAAUGGACAUCAAUUAUUAUGUAAGCAGCAAUCAACUUCCCUUUGAAUUUCGACGGAUAAUGGACAUCAGGCUUCACCUCCAAGUUUGUUACAAGCAGCUAUUAGUGACUGACAUCCGGAUCUGCCAGGAGAAGAACAUUGAGGGGAACCUGUGGAAGACGCUGUAUUACGUGAUAAUUGAGAAACUAAGGGAAUACAUCAGCAGGGAGCCAGGAUUAAAGGAUCGCAGUCUGGCUACACUGAUGAUGCUUGUUGAAGAGGGCCAUAAAUACUUACAAGACUUACUGGAAGCUCUGCAAAGGGAAUACAAUUUCACACUGGAGGAACACUUGGAAGAGGGAGGAACCUCAAACUCUGUGACAAGAGGCAGGGUGCGGCUCGCAUUGAUGUCUGCCCAGAAAAUACUCCUCUCACUGGGUGAUUUAGCACGAUACAGAGAGCAGUAUAAUUCCACUCCCAAUUAUGCAUUGGCAAAGAAAUGGUACCAGAUGGCUCUCCAAGUUCACCCGAGAAAUGGCCGUCCGUUUAACCAGCUGGCCAUUAUUGCUGUUAACCAGAAAAGGCCCCUAGAUGUUGUGUAUUACUAUGUGCGCUCUCUCACUGCCUCCAACCCCUUCAUGUCGGCAAGAGACUCGCUAGUAUCCAUGUUUGAUGACAUAAGAAAGAAAUACCAAGCAGUGCAGCGUAGCGAGCCAGACCAAGACAUAGGCCGCAGGAAUGAAGGAAGAGCCCUCAGCGGGGAGGGCUUACGGCAGGAGAUUUGGAUAAGGCCGGACAGCGGUGCAACCAAUCGCCGCACUCUCUCGCAGUCUAACAAUGAUGACAACAGCGGAGCCUUGGAUGACCUAAAGAAAUUACCGCUCGAGCAGCUCAUGAAGAGGUUCCUUACCAGCUACCUCCACUGUCACGGCAUGCUCUUCUCACGCGUUGGGCUCGAUGGCUUCCGUGAGUGUUGCAUUGGCAUGCUGCAUGAGUUCUCUGUGCUCCUGCAGUCCUCGCCUCCAAGGCUGUCCACCAAUCAUCUGUUGCAGAUUCUGGCCAUUAAUAUGUAUGCUGUUAGUAACACAGAACUGAAGGACAAUCGUGUUGGCAGUGGGUACAGAUCAGCUGCCCAGGAACUGGCCUUGGUUCUGUCACAGGAGAUGUUUGGGUGUCUGGCACAGCAUGUGGUAGAGCUCCUCCCACACAAUGUGCAGCACCAUCCUCAGCAGCAGCAACCCCCUCAACAGCAGCAGCAGCAGCCAGUUGCUGCUGUCGAUCCUCAGAGACUGUUUAUGCCAACCCUUGCCCACUUCAUGCCUCCUCUCAAGGCUUGGUGUGAUUGGUUGCUGUACCACAGUGCUAUUUGGAACCCACCUCCUGCUGCCCGCGAGUACUCCACUUCAGGGGUGAACUGUGAUCCCUGGUCCAGUGUGGCAGAAUUAGCAACCAUUUUACGUGGAUUUGGGCCACCCGAUGUCCCUCUGACAGAUGCGGUCUCGGCUGAUGCUGUGCCAGUGAAGCUAAUGGAAGACAGUUUUCUUAGGGGUUAUGAGCCGUUGUUGCCUGCCCACCGCACUCUGUCCUACUCUCCAUCCCAUAUUCACUCGGGUCGAGCCUGUGACUGGGUGCGUGUAUUGAGACUUCAGACGUGUUUAUGUCAAUUCUUGUGUGGAGUGGAUCCACCAGUCUUGCGGCUACAAAAGACAGACCAGGGAGACGUACUGGUGUCUGUGGUAGAUACGUCCCCUCCAGACACUCCAACGGCAUCAAGGCUCUCUCUAAGCACAUCAGAUGUAGAGAUUGAGGACUCCUUCAGUGACAGUGAGCCCUCAGACAUUGAAGAAGAUGUUGAGGCAGAGACCGGUUUGGAUGAUGACGCGCCCCUUGCCUCCACGGUGAAGCUGCUCAGCAUGAGGAAGAAGAUGCUGGAGAAGAAACAGAGACAGCAACGGAAAUUGCAGACCCUUUUGGAAGGCUCAGUCACUUUGGAGAUGGAAGUUCGACCAAGAUUCCUUGUGCCCGACACCAACUGCUUUAUCGAACAUUUGGACCUGAUAAAGGCUCUUGUUAACAGUACUCCAUACACUGUCAUGGUGCCUCUUGUCGUACUGAAUGAGCUAGAUGGCCUGUCCAGAGAUGCGGCUGUGGCCAAAUACGGAUCUAUUGGCCAUGCUGUCCGGGUGAAGGAGGGAGCAGCAGCAGCCCUUCACUAUCUCAGAGACACCAAGCCCCAUUCCCUGAAGUGUGUGACGUCACAGGGCUCCGUACUCUCAUCUACAAGCUUCACAGCAGAGAUUGACAUGCCAGAUGCCACGAAUGAUGACAAGAUUCUGUCAUGUUGUGUUCAUUUCUGCAGUGAUUCCACCCAACGUCGGCCUAUUAAAGCUGGAGUGCGACGCCUAUACCGAGAGGUGGUGCUUCUGACUGAGGAUCGUAACCUUAGGGUAAAGGCCCAUGCCCGCGAUGUGCCUGUGCGAGACCUCUUGGACUUUGCUCAGUGGGCAGGGGUGAGGUGAGGUCAAGGAAGUGAAGGUCCUGCGUACGCAUGUAAAAACGUUCUGGUCAGAGGAUACUGCUCAGCCACUGUUCUGGAAUGUUUAGUGGCAACGUGAUGAAGACUGAACAUCCCAUUCUGUGGCAGCCGAGAAAAGGACCUCCUCUCCUCCCGCGGGUUUUAUAGCUCCGUCCUCCAGCCCUGUCUCUUGCCUUUAGAUCCUUCCUCCCUAGGCAGUGCACGUGUGAAGAGGGUUACGUUUGCACAAUUUUUCCUGUUGUCUAUCCUUUUGGGUAUAUUUUGGCCUAGUUAUCGUUGAUUUGUUGCUAGAUUUCUAAACUUUUAUUAUUAUUAUUAUUAUUAUUAUUAUUAUUAUUAUUAUUAUUAUUAUUAUUAUUAUUAUUAUUAUUAUUAUUAUUAUUAUUAUUAUUAUUUAUUAUUAUUUAUUUAUUUAUUUAUUUAUUUAUUUAUUUUUUUAUUUUUUAUUAUUAUUAUUAUCCUUAUUAUUAAUAUUCUGCUUGUUCUUGGGCAACUUAUCUCUUCUUUGCUUUUAUCUUGUGAAUUAUUUUUAUUAUUAUUAUUAUGCCCCUUGUUCUUGGGCGACGUAUCUUUUCUUUUGACAAACUUUCAUUCCAUUGUCUUUUUAUUUCUUGCUUUUGUUUUGUCUAGCACAUGAACACGCAAACUUACAUAUAUACGCAUACUUACACUUCAGUUUUUGCUUAUUCUUUGUGAGCUUUACCCUUAGCCUCAUCCUUAUACUAAUUCUUACUGUUACUUAUUCUGAAACUUACACAGUUGCUAAUAUUUAAUCACACACACUUAUAUUUACAUUCACACUUACUGUUAUACUUACAUUUAUACUUAUCUUGUACUUCACUUAUAUUUAUGCACACAUUUAUACUUUUCUUGUUUAUAUACUUAAACCUACACUUUUACAUUUACUUCCACUCUUAGACUUGGGCAUACACAUGCAAAAGCACUCUCACAUAUCAGUGUACCAGCAGGUAUAUAUAUAUAUGUGUGUGUGCUUGU